CCUCACUGACUAGGAGCCUGGGGAGAUAGUGAGGAUGUUAUUUCUGGUGUGUGGUGGCACCUCAGUGGGGAGGCAGUCUGUUUUAGCUACGAUCCUCAUCUCCAUAGCCAGACUUGUAGUAGCUACACAGAUUCUGGCAGAAAAACAACCUGGCACAGAGGUGGCUUAGUUGGUUUCAACAUGAUUGAGUUUAAGACAUAGAGAUAUGGGCAUUUUAGCUAUGGAGAGUAUUGUGCUUGACUCUGCUAGCAGAGUACGUAAACGAGGUUCACUUCAGUUACAAGGAAACCAUGAUUUGACGUUAUCUUUGUGCACUUCCAACAAUUCUCAAACUUCUGCCGGGUCGAAUUCUAUGCCCGGGACCCCUGUCGGAAUUCAUCGUGGUUACAGGCGAAGCAACAGUGGUCAGCAAAUCAGUGUGAUAUGUUCCCAGAAUGACCAGGAACUAAUGUGUAACCGGUCAAGAACACGAGCUUCCACCCCUGGACCAACAUCAAUGAGCCACAGCCGGAGCCAGCACCAGCUCCAGAGCUCCUCUGGCUCAGGAGGUCAUGACAUGGUGUAUAUGACCCAGGGUGGGGCAGUGGUAUCCCAGGGCGGGGCAGCGCAGCGGCACAGUUUUGGUGGGAGUGGUCAGUGGAUGUACAUGCCGCGUGGAUUAUACUACAAUAGUCACCAUCCCAGUGGUCGACACAGUGUCCACAGUCAUAGAACAUCAUGGCUGAUAGGAGAGCUAGCAGGCCUGUACCAACCAGCCUCGCCCCUCAAGUUCCAUCUUAUCUGUGGGGACAAUGUGGAGCUCAAUGCGGAUGCUAGCAUUGCCAAACGUGGCGACAGCUUCUGCAAAGCUAUAUGCUUCAGUGAUCGACCAAUCGCCGUCAACGAAAAAGUAUACAUUAAAUUUGCAGAGACAUCCAGUAGCUGGAGUGGAGUGCUUCGGUUUGGAUUUACGAACAUUGACCCCGGAAGUUUGCGGGGAUCUGACCUUCCGCGAUAUGCAUGUCCCGACAUGACCAACAAGCAGGGAAACUGGGCGAAGGCGUUGGCAGAACGAUACGCUACACCAAAUAAUACUCUACAUUUCUAUGUGACUCGUAAUGGUGAUGUGUUCUAUGGUGUGAAUGGAGAAGAUGUGGGUUUAUUCUUCACAGGAGUCAACACAUCUCUCCCUCUGUGGGCGCUGUUUGAUAUAUACGGCAACACACUGGCAGUGGAAUUCGCAAAUCCAGAGCCUGUACGCCUUAACAACAUGGUGAUGUCCCCGACAACUUCGUCGAGUUCUUCUGUCAGUGCGAACCGAGACCUUGCAUCCUCCUUGUCAUCGUUAUCAAUAAAUAGUGCUCCUAACACAGAGACACCUGGUGGCUUUCCAGCGAUACGUUACUAUGCAAAUUUGACCUUCACACCACUAAAAUGGCACAUGCUCACUGGUAAAAAUCUCCAAUUAUCUUCGGACCGAGUGGUGGCCACACGCUCUCAGGACGAAUAUUGCAAUGGCUAUGUGUUCUCGUCGCGGCCAUUGAAGUGUGGUGAGAAGAUAAUUAUACAGAUUCUUGGUGUGGACAGGUCCUACGUUGGUGGACUCGCUGUGGGUUUGACAACGUGCAAUCCAUCCAGAGUCCAACUUGACGACCUUCCUGACGAUUCCGACUUGUUACUAGACAGACCGGAGUAUUGGGUCGUAAAUAAAGACGUGUGCAGAAGUCCGGAUGUUGCAGACGAACUGUGUUUUCACUUAUCGAAUGAAGGAGAGCUGAGGUACUCCCGUAAUAACCAGCGAGUAAGCACCCUUCUUCACGUAGACAGGACGCUGCCUCUUUGGAUCUUCUUUGAUGUCUACGGAAACGUCCAGAAAAUACGCCCUUUGGGUACCACUGUCCACUUACCGCCUGUGCCGCCCCGUCCCCGAUCCACCUCAUACUUGGGGGCCCAAAACUCCCUAACUGUCAUGUUACCUCCCCGGGAUCAACAACCACAAGCACAGAACCUCGCAAACAUGACCCACGCAAAUGUCGACCAAUCAGGAGUGCCAGCCAAUCAGAAUCCACAGCCUCACAUGCUGCGCAGCUACAGUGUACCGGCAGCCACCCUGGCUCAGAUGUCACCGGGACCGAUGGACAAUGUCCAGAAACAACCUGUGUCCACGCCUAAUACACCAAACAUUGUGGAUAACGGCGAUAGCGAGGUGCGCGACGAAUGUACUGUGUGUUACGAGCGGCAAGUGAACGCCGCACUCUACAUGUGUGGACAUCUAUGCAUGUGCUUUGAAUGUGCAAUACAGGUGAAACAGCGCAAGGGCGGCCUGUGUCCUAUAUGUCGACAGGAGAUUAAGGACGUCAUACGUAUAUAUAAAACGUGAUGUUAUAAUCACACUGUGUAACACCCCAAAUAUUCCUUUACCUAGUCUACAGACAGUGUCCUCGAUCUGAGUCCCAAUGUCCUCACACUCUUCACGAUGUCAAGUGUUUCGGCUUUUAGUAGGAACCACAUUCACCGGAUGGAAACUGAUUAAUUUCUCCCGAUUUUUUUUUAUAUAUAUGCAUUUAACAGCUGGUGUUUAAAAUGUCUCGAACAGGUGUUUUAUAUGUAUUAAACAGGUGUUUUAUAUACACAUACUGAACACAUCUUAUAUGCAUUGAACGGGUGUUUUUGAUAUAUAUUGAACACAUGUUUUAUGUAUGCACGAUUGGACAGUGUUUUUUAUGUACUGAAUCAGUGUUUUAUAUACACAUUGAAAACUUGUUUUAUAUAUAAUGAAGAGGUGUUUUUCAUAUAUAUUGAACAGGUGUUUUAUAAAUGUAGAGAACACAUGUUUUAUAUGUAUCGAACUGUUGUCUUUAUGUAUUGAACAGGUGUCUUUACUUAAAUAGUUUAUAGUUUGUACCUGAUUCAAACAUCUAGUUGAACCUGCAUGAAUUGAUAUUUCUUUCUAAUAUUGGAAUGUUUUCUCUGGUGAAUAUUUCUUACUAAUUUUGCCCAGAACUGUGUUCUUGCUUAUCUACUGUGAGUAUCUACAAUCAUAAAAAUAUUGACGAAAAAAUAAGUUUUGUCACAGAAUUUCGACUGAAUUGUGUACAAACAGCAAAUAUCUAUCACUAUCUGAUACAAUCACCUAGACUACAAAUUUUUCUAUAUGAUAAUCCAGAGUGGGUUUUGAAAAAUAAAAUAAUAAUAAAAAUAUCUACCUUAUGAUUUCCGUUUCUCCUUAUUGGUUUGAAUUAUUUUAUCAUGUUGACUCCAACUUUGUUAAGUUUUAAGACAACAGUAGAUACAUCGGAACACAAAAGACAAUAGCAGUGAGCUAAACACCUGACAUCUUGAAGACUAGUUCUUUCUUACCUGUAAGUUUAUAGUUUCAACUGAACUGUAAAUAUAUGUCUUGUACCUGUAAAUAACUUGUCAGUUGAUUUUAUCAUUUGAUUUACAGAUCAACAUGCCUUUCGUUACCUCUCCUAAUUUGCUAUAACUUGUGUAGGUUGCAGUCUUUUCAUUGUUGUUCUUCCAUUUAUUUAAUCAGUUCUGUUUUUAAUUUAAUCUGUCUUGUUAUAAUUUAACCGAAUGUCUUAAAAACUUAAAAUGUUUGUGUCAUCUGUGAUAAUUGAAUACGCUCGUCAUACACACAUUAUGUUCUCACACGACAUCAUCACUCAGUUCUCACACAUUCUCUCACUUUUGCCCCUACACUCUCACAUACAUCCUUUUACUCGCCUCUCAGCCCCUCAUACAUGCCAAGUUACUUUCUCAAAAAGUUUCACAUGCAGAUUCUGAUUUACUGUCUUGUACAUACACACUCGUGGUCAUGGACACUCACUUUCUCACACACUCAUUACCAUGCGCUCACUUUCUCACACACUCAUUACCACACACUCAUAACCACGCACUCACUCAUAACCAUGCACUCACUUUCUCACACACUCAUUACCAUGCACUCACUUUCUCACACAUUCAUAACCACGCACUCACUUUCUCACACACUCCUAAUAAUCAUGCACAACUGCUUUUCACACUUAUGUUCCCUCAUUUCUCACACUCUAGCAGACAUCUCGAAAGAAAAAUGUAUCUAUUAACCAUCCUGAUUUUGUUACGUUACCUGGCCUAAAUGA